AUGUCUUCUAAUCUCUCAUCCAUUACGUUCACUUGCGAAACGGAUACUCUGGAGACAGUGGCUAUGGUGUUGGCAAAUCACAAAAACGACAAUUACUAUGCGUAUGAGCGGGACGAAAACUGGUACAUCGGCCUUGGAAACAAGUCGUCAUUGCUGGUCGACUCUGAAGGAAAGACGGUCACCAUCAAGACGGAGUCUAAGGAAGAAUCAUAUCCAGUGAAUGGAACCCCACUAGCCGAUAUUUCGAGGAAGUUUGUCCACGAAAAUUUCAACUCCGGUGGGAAGAUUUUCGGCCAAGUUGCUUUCAAUUAUGCCGCGCAUACUCGUGGCCAACCGUACCAACCCGGCCAAUGGCCCCUUCUAAGCCUCCUGGUUCCAUACAAUCAAGUGACAAUUCACCGAGACGUUGUCACCGUGACUGGAUCCGAUGAUGAGAACGUGAGAGGGCUAUAUAACAUGAUCAAGCUUGGCGGCACCAUCCCGAAUCCUGUCUAUCUUCAAACUAUCGACACGGAUGACAACACGGGGCAGUACACUGCUAGAGUUGCAAGAGCUCUGUCCGACAUACAUAGAGGGCAAUACAUCAAAGUGAUUCCAUCGCGAGCCAUCGAAAUCGAGGGCAAGAUCGACAUGCCGGCGACUCUGCUUGGUGGCAGACGCUCAAAUAAUCCUGCCCGGUGCUUCUCGUUGAGCCAGGCAGGGUUUCAAGCUACAGGCUUUAGCCCCGAGUUAGUUAUGUCGGCGCAGAAUGGAAAAGUCAUCACCGAACCUUUGGCCGGUACACGGUCAUGCCGAGGAACAGAGGCUGAAGUUGAACGACUGAAACAGGAAUUACUGAGUGAUCCAAAGGAAAUUGUUGAACAUGUCUUGUCGGUCAAAGAGGCUAUACAAGAGCUCGGUCAACUGUGCCCAGCAAAUUCCAUCUUCGUUGAAGAUCUGAUGUCGGUUCGGGCUCGCGGCGCUGUGCAGCAUUUAGGGUCCCGAGUGGCGGGCACUCUAUCGCCAGACAAAGAUGUGUGGGAUGCACUCGCAGUCCUAUUUCCAUCAAUAACAGCCUCGGGAAUUCCAAAGAUUGCAGCCAUUGACGCCAUCCAGCAUUUGGAGCAUCAAUCAAGAGAGCUCUACUCCGGCGCCGUCUUAAUGAUUGAAGAUCCGAACUCCUUUGAGGCAGCACUAGUUCUCCGCACUGUGUUCCAAGAUCCCAAUCGCCAGUGGAUCCAAGCCGGGGCUGGAGUCAUUUCACAGUCAAAUCCACAACGAGAACUGACUGAAACUUGUGAGAAGUUGGCAUCCAUUGCCCCAUUUGUGGCAUCCGAGGCUAGUUUUAAGACAGCUUAA